GUCGUUAUUAAAUAAAUUAUAUCAUUCUCUCUCUCACAUUCAUCCAUUCAUUCAUUCACAUUCAAUUCUUUGUUCUCUACCCAUUCCAUCCCAUUAUCUAUCUAUUUAUCUAUCUACCUAUCUAUUUUUCUUUAUUUCUUUUCCUUUUUCCUUUUUCCUUUUUUCACUUUUUUAUUUUGUAUUAUCAGCAUUCUCGACCUCACGAGACCUCCUCUUUCCCAUUGCCCUUAACGUUUUCAGCACCUUCUUUUUUUAUUGAAGCAAUCUACUUGACAGACUUGUAUAAUUUUAAACUCCAUGGGCGAAAUUGACUUUGCUGAGGGCAUUCCGCCACCAGCUGAUGUGGAGGAAUUGUAUUCGAGCUGGGCAUUACUAAUUCUCACAGUGUUGUUGAUCGGUGCCAUGUGGACUUCGUAUUACCUUCAGGUUCGCAAGAUCACUGCCAUCCAUGAGACUGUCAUCUCCAUCAUGACUGGGAUGGUUGUCGGGUUCAUCAUCCGGGUCUCGCCAGGACGCAUGGUUCAGGAUAUGGUCACAUUUAAACAUACCUACUUUUUCAACCUACUACUACCGCCAAUUAUUCUUAAUUCAGGAUAUGAGAUGAAGCAAGCUCGCUUCUUCCGAAACCUUGGUAGUAUUUUGACUUUUGCGUUUGUAGGCACAUUCAUAUCUGCACUCGUAGUUGGUGUACUCGUAUACUUGUUGUCAUUGACAGGACUUGAAUCGCUUCAGCUCAGUUUCCUGGACUCGAUGAUCUUUGGAUCUGUCUUAUCUGCCACGGAUCCAGUGACGAUCCUUGCUAUUUUUAACCAGCUCAAAGUAGAUCCAAAGUUAUACUCCGUCAUUUUUGGAGAAAGUAUUCUCAACGAUGCCGUUUCGAUUGUGAUGUUUGAGACGUUGAAAAAAUACAGAGGAGAGGAUUUUCAUCUGGGCAAUGUGCUCCACGGAGUAUCAACAUUCUUUUUUGUUUUCUCUAUUUCCCUGAUGAUUGGCGUUAUCAUUGGAUUGAUUGCAGCUCUGGCGUUGAAACGGACAAAUAUCCAUCUUUACCCAGGAUUGGAAUCAUGCCUAAUCGCCUUGAUGGCCUAUGCGUCCUAUUUCUUCUCCAACAGUGUUCACCUCUCCGGUAUUGUCUCAUUAUUGUUCUGUGGUAUCACACUAAAGCACUACGCCUACGAGAGUAUGUCUUCGAGAUCCAAGAGGACUACAAAGUCUCUGUUUCAGGUUUUGGCUCAACUCUCGGAGAACUUUAUCUUUAUUUACCUGGGACUAACUUUGUUCACUGAGAUGGAUCUGGACUACAGGCCGUUUUUCAUUUUCUUUACUUUUGUCUUUAUUUGUUUUUCAAGAUACUCGGCUGUUUUCCCACUUUCAUCAUUCAUUAACAUGAUCUCAGUAUAUGUUUUAAAGAGGUCGGAUACACUAUCGAGGCCACAUCAGGUCAUGCUCUUCUGGGCUGGACUACGCGGGGCCGUUGCGUUUGCGUUGGCAGCUAGUUUGGACGGAGUGAAUGAGGCAGCAGCACUGAAAACGACGAUCCUAGUGGUAGUGGUAUUGUCGGUGAUCGUCUUUGGAGGGACUACUGCCAGGAUGCUUGGUAUUUUGGGAGUCAAGAUUGGAUGUGUAGAUUCUGAAGGCGAAAGUGACGACAAUGAAUACGAAGAUUAUGAUCGCGAACGGGAAAUAUACCUCACAGAGGAUGUCUAUGGGCGUGGAUCAGAUAGCCAGGCGCUUUAUCUACAGUCUUCAUUUUCCAAUUCAGAGUUGUCUUUGCAGUCACGGCCUUCGGAUGAUGAUUAUGUUGGGUCAUCAGGAUCAAGUCCGUCCACAGGAUCCAACGGCCAUCAUCAAUAUCGCGACAAUACAAUCCUUCCGCUUCCAGUUGCUUCAGCCAAUCAUCCAGAUGAUACACAUUGGUUCCUGUCGUUUGAUGAGCGAUAUCUGAAGCCUAUGUUUUCACGCUCCAGGCAAUGGAACAGAAGUCGGCGUCGAUUCUCUGGUCCCACCAUUCAACAACAAAGAAACCGAGCGCGCUUUGCCCGUACGGUUGCCGGAAACGGUAUUACAUCUGGUAUGACCACUGCUACAAACAGUACAAUUGGAGGGCGACAUCCACGUUAUGCGUCAGCAAAUGGUGAGCAACGGACAGUAGGAAGUUACCUCACGAGUCAUGGGAGCAAUAGCAAUUUAGCGACAGCAUAUGGCAAUACUAGUCCAGGAAGUCGCAAAUCUUCAGGCGAGACUGGAUCUAUGACGUUUGGGGAUGAGUUGGGAAUGAGCCAUGUCCGACGUGAAUUAGACCGUCGUGCAGCAGCAGCAGCGCAAAUGGCGAUGAAUUCAUCUCAGAACUCGGGUAUUCAUGAUGUUUGAAGGCUUUCAGGUGAUUCUUUGUGUUCUCUCUUUCCUAUCUUUGUUCUUUUUUACAAUUCUAUGCUAGGGAUCUGUUGAUUUACUUGCU